AGUCAGAAGCUGAAAUGAAAAGCGAGACGGACCCUCCUCCGAGUUUCCGUUUGCUUCAGCGUCUGGCCUGUCCUCGUUGCCGAAAAUAACCGCGCAGCUUGUUUGUAAGUCUCUGGUUAUUAUGUGGUCCAGCAGGAACAGCUGACUCACUGCCAGGCAGCUGAGCGGGACAUAGCGCUGACUGACCGCUCCACCUCCUCUGCUGGGUGAAAGUUUCCAUCAGGCUCUAUGGGCUGAGGAUGAUCGGGUCACCGGACCUGCUGGCCUUCACGGGCAGCAGUGGCUUUGAUGAGGAGGGAGAAGAAGCGGAGCUUCAGGAUCUGCCUGAGGAGUUUUCUGUGCCGCUCCUGCCUCCUUCUAACCCCUGGAGCACAGCAGCGCACUUUCACCGGGACUUUAUCCUGGUGGCUGAGUUCUCAGAGCAGGUUGGGCCAAAGCCUGUCCUGACGAUACCAAAUGACCCAAAUGUUGUCGGCUCUUUCGACCUCAAUCACUUCUCUGUCCGCAUCAUGUCGGUGGACUACCAGGCUUCCGGCCCGGGCCACACCCCUCCUGCUUCUCCAGGACCCCGACUUAACUUCAGUGAGGACUCCAGGGUCAUCCUUGGAGAUUCAACAGAGGAUGCCUUUGCAUACGUUCAUCACCUGACCCUGUAUGACCUGGAGGCUCGGGGUAUGGUGCGACCUUUUUGCAUGGCCUAUGUCUGUUCAGACCAGAUGAAGCUGAUGGAGAAUUUUUCCGAGCUGUCGGAGCGUUUUUCUCAGGCGUCUGAUAGCCUGAAGACGGGAAACAGACAAGCUUUCUCCACAGAGCUCCAACGAAAACUACAGGACCUUGAGUACAGACGAUGGACCCUGCUGCAGGAAACAGAUCUUCAGAAGACGAUGAACAGAUCCACAGAAAUAGAAGAGAAAUCAGAUGAGCUUGAAGCUUUAGAGCAUUCAAUCACAAAUCACAGGGACCUCCUUCGGCAGGUUACAUCUUACCCCAAUAGGAAGCUCAAGCAACCUGAUUUCCUCCCUUAUGACCCAGCUGAUUCCCUUGCAGACCUGACCAAUUUCCUGCCUUCUGAGCCAUCCCCUCCCUCCCUUCCCAACUCCACCUGCUGCAGGUCUGAGCAGCUUCUUAAGCCACUGGAGGAGCUCUGCAACUUUUAUUUCCUGUCACUGAUGAAAAACCAGCUCGCAGACACAGAGCACUGUCUGCGUGGUGACAGGAGCGUCCUGCUAACGUCUCGUGUCACACAGUCUCUGUCCAGAAGGCUGAAAUUUACAAACUUCCUCUUUGAGCUGUGUUCCCCUUGGGAUGCUGAAGAGGAGGAAGAGGAGGAGGUGCAGGCAGUCUCGGGGGGCAGGAGCGGUGCUGUGGAAGGUCAAUCAGGAAGGCAUGGCGGGGAGUCGUUCUCCUGUGUGGAAGAGAUAUCCAUAAAGAUGGAUGCAGGAGAAAGCGAGAGGGCGACCCCUGACCCCACUUUAGCCACAGAGUUGAUGGGGAGCAUAAGCAGCAACGACAGCAUUGAAGUGCUUGGAACUGAAAAGUCGUAUCAGACUCAACAGGCGACGGUUGCGUCUGACAGCAGAGAUACACCAGCGGGAACAGGAGAUGUUUGUCUGCGGCGUCUCCAUGUGCGAGCCUACGCCAAACGUGCAAACAGUGAGGACAGCAUAGAAGUACUCAGUACCACUGAAUCCAUCAUCCCUGAAGACCUCACUGCCAUCACAGAGGAAGAAGCAGAGCAUCAGUCUUUGAGCAACGGAUUUGAAGAGGAAGGAGAAUUACAGGUUGGAUGUAAGUCAGAUGAAAUCCUGAGAGAGGAGAAAGAGAUGAACCUUCCAGCUUCAGAGAAGGGAAGGGAAGAACAUAGUGGAAGAAAAGAUCCUUUAGAAAAGACAGAGACCAGCAAUGGCGUGCUUCUCAAAGAAGAUUCAUUCACAGAGAAGAAUAAGAGAGUCCAUGAAGACACUACUUCAGAAAAGAUGCAUAAACUUCCUCCAGCUGAAGAAACCGUGAAGGUGAGGCCAAAGCAGUCCAGGCCAAUGCUUGACCUCCAUUUUAAAACGUCUCCUCCCUUCCCCCUGGUGGAGGUUGGUCUGCGCUCUCCACCCUGUGCUCCUCUGAGGCUGCUCAGUGUGGACGAAGUGUCCGACUGCACCAGCUUCACCAGCAACUCAGAGCCACCGUCUCCUACUACAGCUAAUGUAACAAAGACGCGCGUGGACAAGAAGAGAAGGAGGAGGAGGGCUGCCCUCCGAGCCCUCAGGCUGAUCAAGCAACUGUCGUUCUCCCAGCAUGCCAUCUUCUGUCUGCUGAGCGGCCGGCCUUUGGUCGUCGUCGGGGGAGAUGAGAGCUUGGUGAGGAAGCUGGUGGACGGCUUGAGGCUCUUCCUGCCAGCUCCUGGUCCUGAUGGAAGUGCUGUGAUGUGGAGUUUGACCACGCCCCUUCAGAUGGCCAACCUUUUGACCUGGAGGCUCAUAGGAGUACACAGAUCAUCCUCUGCUACAUCAUCUCCCAUUCUUCAGUCUCUGACUCAGCUCAGUCGUUACAUUGCCCUGCUGGACAUUGAUCAAAAAACGCUUCGCUGUCCUUCAUACUCUGGAUCACUCAUCAGCUUUAUGGCCGAUCCUCAUAGCAGCAUCAGCCGUGGCUUCACCUAUCUGCUGCACCUGGAGAGCUGUCUGACUGCACUUGCCAAUCAGGUGCUGCUGCACACCUUCAUACCCACUUCUAGGCAUCCAAAAAACACCGCAGGACAUAUAGAUAUGGGAAAUGAUUUCCAAUGUCGGCCUGGAUUCUGCAGCAGUGAAAAUGAUUAUAGAGUGAUGGACUUUUUGUCUGACCUGAUCGCGCAGCACCACACUGGAACCUCAACGGUUUUCAGGUUUUCUUACAGCGAAAUGCAGCUUCACAGAAACUCGUAUCCAACAUAGUCAGAGGAACAGAACAAAAUUUAAAAGAGGUUUUAUUUUGGUACCUCUAGUGAACAGAGGGCCUUUGUUUCAGUGAUUUAGGCCUAAUCACCAACUGCUGUAAAUAUAUGUGCACACAUAUGUAUGUGCACAUUACCUUUUUUUUCUGCUGUUUGUUGACUAAAAUUCCACUUUUAGAAGUACCCACCAGAUCAGAUCUGUUACUUAAGUUGGUUUGAUCUAAUAAAACUAUGCAACGAA